CCCUUGCCUCGCGCUUCAAUUGUUCUGAGUAUAGCAAUUCCCGUGUGAAAUCAAGCCAACAGCAGGAAAAUGCGUUGUCGUCUGAAUCUUGGAAGGAAAGAUUAAAAUAAUUUCUUUCGAUUCCGUCGGAAGUAUGCUAAUUUUACACCUUGGAUCUGAUUGACUGCCGCACGCUGCUUUUAUUUCGAUUUCGUGGCGAUUUACAUGUCACAUUCCUUGGGAUCCGUGAACGCCACUAACUCAAACAGGACUGAGUAUAGUUGACAUAUUGGUUCCUAUUGUGUCCACAGUAUCGGGCCUUUAUAACUGUUGUUUUGACAGUCAUCUCAGCUGAGUUGAAAUGCUUGCUGUUGUGUGACAUAGCCUGAAAACGCACCACUGUACUUGAGGUGUCGAUUGAAAAUCAGGCAAAUGGGAUGUUGUGCGUCGAGAGGGAAGGCCGUGCGUGGUUCUUCAAACGAUGAUCUUGAAGAAGGACAGCAAAAUCUGACAAUAAGUGACAAAGGAGCAAGCAACAUAUCUCUGCCAAUAAUAGCAGCAGAUUCUCAUGAAAAACAGGGGGCUCCCUUGGCUGAGGAAGUAGAAGCAUCAAAUGAAGAUUUUCAACUUUCUUUGCCACAAUAUGAAACUCCUGAACAUGAACUGCAUCAGAAGGCUGUUCCUGGGUCCAGCAGUUCCCUGGAUGAACUUUGUGGAAGGAAAAACAAUAAACCAGACAGAGAAGAACGGUUCUCAAAGCUAAGUAAAAAGAUAUUUGGUAAAAAGGACAAGGAGGACUCUGAACAUGAUGAUCAAAUUUCAAAAUUAACUGAGAUUACUCCAAAUGGGAAGGAGACCACAGUGAAGGAGAACGAUGUUGAUAUUGAGAUUUGUCCAAUAGAUCAUGUGCCGGAGAAUGAUGAGCCAGACAUUGACAUUUAUCCACUGGAAGAGGCACCUGCUACAGCUGAUGCCGUAAACAGUCAUCUUCCUAAUGGUGUAAAUGGCAAAGAGACCUCUUCAGAUCUAGAAGCUAAACAUGGUAAACAUGAGAAAGAUGGUAACCAAGGAAUUAACACAGAAACUGUAACAGACAAUUACUUCAGUGUUGGAGGGACAGGGUCAUCAACAGAAAACCAGCUAGCUGUAGAUGAUGAGCUCUAUCAACAGGUCUUGUCUGGAAACAUGGACAUAGCAAUUCCUAAUACAGCCAAGAUGGUGAGAAUAUUCACCAGUUCCACAUUUACAGACACAAGAGUUGAGCGCAAUGCACUGAUGAGCAGAGUUUACCCAAAACUGAGAGACUUCUGUCAUGAACAAGGCUAUGAAUUCCAAGUGGUCGACAUGCGCUGGGGUGUGCGGGAUCCGUGCACAGAUGAUCACAUGAUCAGUGAAAUUUCUCUGAAAGAACUCCACACCUGCCAAGAGCUUUCCACUGGUCCUAACUUUGUGACAUUUCUGAGUCAGAAGUAUGGCUAUCGUCCUUUCCCUCACCGUAUUCCUGCCACUGAGUUUGACUCCCUGUCUGCUGCAGUUGAUGAUGAAGAAGACAAACAGCUUUUGCAAAUUUGGUUCAAACUUGAUGACAAUGCCGUUCCACCAGAGUAUGUUCUUCAACCAAUCAGCACUCAGUUUAAAGACUACGUUGAUCCUCCAAGCUCCGAAGCUAAGCAGCAAGCCGUAAAAGACUGGUGGAAUGUAUUCCUACAAUUGCAGAGUGCGUUAAGGAAAGCGGCUGUGAAAGUACUGACCAAAGACGCUGCUCACAAGUACCUUAAGUCAGACUCAGAAGAAGAGAUAAAACAGGGAAUUCUACAAGGCAACUCUCCUAACUCACAAGCAUUUUGGUUUCAACGCAACAUCACAGAUAUGAAGGAUAAUGUGAAAAAUAACAGUGCUGCCAAGUAUGUGGACAUCGAAGAGGUCCCAAAAAAACUGUGUGACAAAGGAGAAGCCAAAGGAUUAGACAAGACCGCUAAGACACUUCUGAAAUCACUAAAGGAAAAGCAAAUUCCCAAAGGACUCGACAAAAGCAACAUUGUUUCCUACAACAUUAAGUGGGGAGAGAAAGGGGUUGAUACUCACGCGAAUGAAGAACAUGCUCAAUAUAUUGACAAACUGUGUCAAGAUUUCUUUGCCAAGAUGAAAGACAGCAUCCAGAAGGCCAUCAAGGAGAGGAAAAAUCCCAAACUUGAUGAUGCAUUGUUUGAAGACGUUGUGCAACAUCUAGCGUGCUGCAGGGAGAUUUGUUCUUCUUGUUGUCUUCCAAGAGCAGCACUGGAUAGUAUUAAGAGUUAUGUCACUGGGCAAGGCAAUAGUUCUCUGGUUAUUCAUGGUCAGCAAGGAUCUGGUAAGACCUCGUUAGUGGCUAUGGCAGCCAACAAAACUCAGUCGUGGGUUGGGUCUAAGGCGGCAGUUGUUGUACGUUUCCUUGGAUCUACCCAUAAUUCAUCUAAAGUUCACUCACUUCUGCAAAGUAUCUGCCAUCAGCUACGAAUAGUGCUCAAAGUUGAUUGUAAGAAUGUCCCACAGGACUAUCAAAAUCUGGUGAAAGAAUUCCACAAACUUCUUCAAAAGGCCUCAGCCUCUCAACCAUUGGUGUUAUUUCUUGAUUCACUUGACCAACUUCGCAGCUAUAACAUCAGGCGCGAGUUGUCAUGGUUACCAGGAAAACUGCCUGCACAUGUGAAGAUUAUUCUCACUUGUUUGACUGGAGACCAAGCUUUUUCCUUCCUCAAGGGCAUUCUUUCCGACGAGAGCCAGUUCCUAGAGGUCCCAGAAUUAACUGAUGGCGAAGCAGUGGAUAUUCUUAAACUGCAGUUAAGUGUUAACCACAGGAAGCUGAAUGAAUCACAAGAAAAUGUUGUUCUAAAGCACGUUUCAAACUGUCGUUCCCAGCUGUACUUUAAGCUUGCCCUUGAACAGGCUGUUCAGUGGAAGUCAUAUACAGUUUUGGAAGAAGGAAGUCUUGGUCCUUCGGUUCGUCACAUGAUCAUCUCCUUGUUUGAACGUUUAGAGAUCAAAUACGGAAAAGACUUGUUGCACCACACUCUGGCUUACAUCACAGCAGCUAGGGCUGGCAUAAGUGCAGCAGAACUAGAGGAUGUUUUGUCCUGCGAUGACGUUGUUUUGGAAAGCGUCUUUUCCAACUGGACGCCACCUGUCCGGCGUGUACCUCCAUCUCUUUGGGCCCGAAUUAAAGCUGAUAUUGCCCCCUUUCUUGCAGUGCAUGUUGAAAAUGGAGUUCUUUUGAUCACAUGGGCUCAUCAACAGUUUCACAACGUUGCCAUGGAGAGGUACAUGUUCUCAGAUGAGAAAGAACUUCGCCGCUGUCACUCGGAGUUGGCAGACUAUUUCAUCGGUCGUUGGACUCAGGGUGCAAAGAAAGGUGAUGGAAAGGGUGUCGUGAAGGACCGCCAUGUGUCUCCACAGCCACUUCAGUUCAGCAACAAUGUGUUUAACUACAGAAAGUUGAAGGAACUGCCUUUUCAUUUGUUGAAGUCAGAUGAUUUUGAUAGGCUCAAGCAGAGCGCCCUCUGCAACUAUGAAUUUCUUUUAGUUAAGCUGAAAGCGACGUCCGUUCAUGAUGUUAUUGAUGAUUUCAUCGAGGCUUUGGGGGUCAAACCGGACGAGCCAGAUCUAAAGCUUGUUUACGAGACUUUGCAGCUUUCGAUGGAAGCCUUAAACGUGUCUGCUGAUCAGUUGUCGUCGCAGCUCAUUGGACGUCUUGCAUCAUCUCGAUCACCUUCUCCCUUCAUUGCACGUUUGCUACGUCAGGCUCAUCACCCUUCCAGUCCAGCGUUAAUACCCAACACCCGUUGUCUUGUACAACCAGGAGGAAGACUUGUGCACUCACUUCCAGGUCUUCAUGGGUCUCUCGUCCUCAGUCAGGAUGGCUCCAAAGCUUUGAAUGGAUCAGAUGACCAGCUGAUUACCCUCUGGAAUGUCAAGAGUGGACUGAUUGAGAAAACGCUAGAUACGUCGAGUUCAAUUGGCUGUCUCGACUUCUGUCUUGAUGAACAGUUUGCGAUUGCUUCGUGUCAGGGUUCUGUUCAGUUUUGGGACCUUUGCAAAGCACAAAUGGUCUGGGAAAUUCCCAGUACAGAAACACCCGCUCCAAUCGCAGUAGCAGGAAUUCGUGACACUCUAGUAGCCAUUUUAGACAAUGUCAUCAAGUUUGUGAACCUGACCGAUGGAACCCUCACAAGAGAUUUUGUGGAUAGGAAAUUCCUCCAUGACAGAAUUGCUGGGCAAGGAGAUAGUGUUGCCCUCGCUAGUUCAACCGCAAGCUACACCAGGAUUUAUGACCUCAAAACAAAAGACAUUCGUCUGUCCAUUCAGACUUGUGGAGAAGAUUCGGGUGAUUUUGUUAGCAAGGUGAUUCUCACUCCAUUUAAUGGAGGCCAACUCAUCGUCUCUUCCGAGAAAUCUUGUGGUGUAAGAGUGUUUGAGUUGAACUCAGGAAAGUGUCUUCACGUCCUAGGACCAGAUAUUCUGUACCCUUCUGUGACCAAGAAUGGGCGCCACAUGUUGUGUACCAACAGCUUCAACGACAUUGCAAUCUGGAACUUGGAAACAGCUGUCAAGGAGAAGCAGAUGUUGAAACAUCCACCAACCACUGCCAUUGUAAGAGUUUCUUGCGUCGAUUUGAAGAUGGUUGUGACAGUGUCAGAUGACCUAAUGGCACGAGUUUGGGACUUAGUGCCCCAGGGAGGUUCUGAAGUCAGCUUUGAGGACAACAAGGACAAAAAUAGCAUCCAGCAGCUUGUGCUGAUCAAGAGCAGUGUUCAAAAGCAGGUCAUCACCAAAUCGAAGACUCCUGGUCCUAUCUGCGUGUGGAACUUGAGUUCUUGUCAAAUCAUUCGAACCUUAGACAACACCAAUGCGGAUGAAGUUCUAGUUGUCGAUGACACUCGGGCUGUCAUUCGUUCUGGAACAAAGCUGGCGAUAAUUGACCUUCAAGAAGGAAAACUUAUUAAGCACAUGCGAUCUGACUUCCCAGCCAAGACAGAUAAAGUUCAUCGCCAUGCAAGCUCACUCUACAAGCGUCGUGACCUAGCCCUGCGAUUGGCUGAGAGUCCAAGAGGGGCAGCUGCAACGGCAAGUUUGAAAUUCAGUGACUGUGCUUUGGUUGGCACAACACAUGUCCUCAUCCUCUCUAAAGAUCGCUCGUAUCUCAAAUUGGCAUCUCUUGAAACAGGAGAGCUUGUAAUGAAGCUCAAAAGCGGUCUUAACUCUAUCAUUGAGACAGUUAUGGUCAGUGGCAAUGGUUUGGUUGCAGUGAGUUCAUGUGAAAAUGCACCGCUCAUUGUCUGGGACUUGAGGGAGAAAGCCAAGCGAUACACGCUAGAAAUCAGCGGUCACUACCCACGUUUGACAACUGCUGAUAUAAGCUUCAAUGGUCACUACCUUGUCGAUGUCAUGAAGUUGGAUAAGACGCACAAGUCUGUGGUCACGUGGGAUCUGGAGACGGGGAAAGUCAAGCACAUCAUUGGUCAAGGAAUGAACGUAUGGAAGGUGGUGUCGUCGUCAAUUAGUAUGCGUAUGGUUGUUGCGGGACGAAUUGGCACCUGCGAGACCUUGCGAGUGUUCGACUUGGUCACAGGUGAAUUUUACCACCAACUGAAUGGACACACAGAACCCGUUAAAGGUUUGUGUCUCUCCAAAGAUGGAAAACGAGUCUUGACCUACGUCCCCUUUGCUAUUCGCGAUCGCACAGUUCGCAUGUGGGACUUACUGUCCGGUACCCUUCUUGCUUCCUUCACCCCAGAUCUUCCCGUUUCCAGCUGCAUCCUAACAGAUGAUGGCGACCAGGUUGUCAUGGUAAUUAACAGGUCGCGACCAAUCGUAUCUCUAGCCUUGUCGCACGAGGUUGGAUCACGUGAGCUGUCGGUCGAUGUUUCUAAUCCUUACUUCAGUCAUCCGACCCUGCACGGAGCCGUGUUUGAUAUGAGCGAGGAGCUUAAAUGGGAUGAUCAGGAUGGUGAAGGUGAAAUUGAUGUGUGACAUUUUUUGUCACUACAACAGUUUCUUGGACAUUUACACUGUGCAACAGAGGAAGCUGACUUAGAAACGCCUACGUCCCAGUAAAGGCGUUUGAGGCAUUUAUGCGCCAAACCUUUCCCUCUAGGAGUCGAACCUUGUCUCCAUAAAUGUUGCCGAACGUUAACCCUGGGAUUAAACACUUACGAUACUGAACCGAAUUUGCAACGUAAGUUUUGCAGAUGUGAGUGUAAGGGUCAACAAAUUGGGAAGGCGAGUCGGAAGGGUGCUGCCUCAACUCGUCUGUGCGAAGUUAUGGAGAAACAAAUACCUAUCCAUGUGGCUCAACUGAGCUCAUGCAUGUUAAGUUUGCAACUUUAUAAAAUGUUUUAUAAGGAGACAUUUUUGUGGGACAGUGAUUGUUAUAUUUGAUUUUAGUUUUCAAACAGCCAACCGAAUUAACUGUAGUAUUUAGAAAGAAGUAAAAACAAGUAGUUAGGUCAAAACAUUUUUAUUUAUGAUAAAGCUUGAUACGACUUUUCCGUGUGUACAAUGCGAGGGAUUUUUAAAUUGUUUUGAAGUCCCAAGUUUCUGCACAUCGAGGUCAGCGACUUUUCUUUUAGAUUUUUGGGGUUUUUCUAUGACUCGCAAAUGAUCUGUCACGAUCAUGAAACUAAUCGAUUGGUUGACUGUUGUCUCAUGUUUUACACGAAAUACGAUUUUUAAAGCCUUUUUUGAGACGAGAAUGGACGUCUAUGGAUCAGAGUCUCGUCGUCAUUUGUUUCGGCUAUAAAGAACUGGACAGUGACGAAAUCAAUAUGAAGGCCUUCAAAGGAAGAAUACUUAAUUUACUUGUAGCUGUGCUUAGCAAAACGCAAGGGAAUCUUUUCCUUUCACGAAUGACAACUUUGCUUAUUUUUGGCAUCGGCCUCUAACAACUCAUCGCGAACCCAGAGCUAUUGCAAUGGAGAAUUUCUAUUGAAAGUUGUCGUGAAAUGGACUAAAAUGCUAGGAAUAACGAUGAGAUAAUUAUAUUUAAUCUAAAUUAUUGUCGAAUGAAAAGUUAUUGACUAUUAUUGAUGUUUAAGGAUACGAUGGUUUCUUGUGUGUAAAAGAUGUAAGUUAUUUUUACAUUUUUUAUAUUGAGAAAUUUUUCUAUAAUAUAUUAUGCUUGUGUGCACACAUUUUUCUCUGAUAAAGUUUUGAAAUAGAAAGAAAAAUAGUUGAAGGCGUAAAUAUCUGGAGCUUUAACACCGUUAAGCAUUGGUCAAACUCUCUCAACAUUUUGAUAAAGCAUUUUUCAAUAUAUUUGGCACACUGUGCUCGUGGUGGCCAAACGUUUUGAAUCGGCGGGAAUGGAUGAAUCAAGCUUUCGUCCCGGCAACAUUUCACCUCACGAUCGAACAUGGCCUUACAAGUUGAUGAAAUGGUCGAAACAUUUUCACCCUAAAACGGUGAAUGAUGAUGGAUCGGAAUGUUAGGGCUACUUGACCAUGGCUUAGUGAAUGCUAAUUAUUUAUCUGUUUGAAUGUAAAUGUGUAAAAAAUAAAUCGCUUUGUAGAAUAUUUUACCGUGAAGUUUUUAAGACGGGAAGGUUUUUGUGUUAGAUUUCUAACGAGUCUCUUUUAAAAGUACCUUUUUUAACUUGAUUAGUAUUAGUAUUUAUAUUCGGUAUUUUAUAUUUUUCUAGGCAGCAUUAAAUAGACUUUCAAGAGGUGCUAUGAAGUUUUAUCCCAUGUUGUUAAUUUUAAUUUGUUGAAUAGGUAAUGUUAAUUUUACCGAGAACAAGGGUCUACAACCGUAGACAAAUACAGUUGGAGCGCUAGCCUUUCGAAAACUUGACUUUUCAGGCUCGGUGAAUGUCGUAUAUUAUCGUUUUUAGGCUCCUCCUCCCAAAAUUGAGUUAGAAUGUUUUGGUGCAAAGUGUUCGAGAGUUCAAUAUUGAGGCGGAGAGGAGGAAGAAAAGAAAGAAUUUUGGUAAGCUUUGAAGAGUAUUGUUCAUGAAACAGCAUGUUGACGUCUCCUAAGGUCUAGUUUAAUCAGGAGGGAAAGCUUAAUCGAAUGUCGGAUUCUCCGCGGUCAAUGUGAAAUGGCCGCAACAGUAUGUUCAAUCAAUCGGAACUUGAAGCGAAAACAUGGAACUGGGUUGCAAGCGCGGGAAAGGUCAGGUGAUUACUCGCUGCAACGACUUUUUCAUUGAUGACAUUGAUCGUUUCUCCGUAUUUCAUUGAUAUCCUUCGCGACUUUCGCUCGAAAAAAUGUAAGCCGUAGAGAUGUUUGGACGACAAAGUGGAACUUGUUUAAUUUUCUGUUUUUGUUUCCUCAUAACAACAAUCCAGCCGACCAAUUACAGCAUUUUCGGGAUCUCUGACAACUAUCAACAAGUGCUUUGUAUUGUACAGCUUUUUUAAUAAUACAGGAAAUUUGUUCCCUUCACCUAAAUUGACCGUCAGUGCCUCUUUUUCUCGUGCAAUAAUGUAUCAGCUAAGGACAUCUGGUAAGCAUCAGCUCCACAUGUGAGUUUUUCAUCUGGAAUUUCCAUUUUUAAGCGAUGACUUAUAACGUCAUCGCAUAAUGCUAGUAUACGACCUUCCUUUGGAUAACUGAUGUCGCGUUCAUGUCGCGCGCGAUUCAUCCUGAAAUCGAAGCGAGGAGAACAGGGAACUAAACCCGUUUCCUUGCAAACCGCCAUCUUGAUUUUCGGGAUAGAGUGAAAUCGUUUUUCGGCGGCUUGUAGCAUGGACGAAGUGUUGGUUAGAUUAGAUUGAUUGUUGUAUUUUAUCCAUUGUCUUCUAGUUACGUUUAAGCAUCCGUUUGUUUGUUUAUUUUCCAAUUUUCUAGACAGAAGGUUAGUAAUGGCAGUUAAAUGUCAUCGCUUCUGCAUGCAUUGCAUGCCGUUUAUUGCUUAGGACAGACGAAGUUGUCGUUUCUUGUGUAGUGUUCAUAGUACUGUGAAAUAAAAGCCAACAUCUUCGAUGUUGAACAUUUUGCAACCGGGCUAACUCCAUGCUCGAGUGUUUGUGUCUCUGGACCAUAGCGCGUGAGCGAGGUCUUUUGAAAUAACCUGCAAUACAGUUAACACCCGCAUAUAAGAACACAUGGAUUAAGAACAUCAGGCUGAAAUUUGGCAAAUAAAGCACCACUUUUAUAAGAACAAUAUCAGCCUGGAAAAAAA